GGUGCUGUUCCGGGAGCCCCUCCAGCAGCGCUGCCUCUUCACCGGCGACAUCUCCGGCAUGCCCGGAGCUGCCGUGGCCAUCAGCAACUGCGAUGGGCUGGCUGGCCUGAUUCGGACAGACAGCAACGAGUUUUUCAUCGAGCCCCUGGAGAGGGGCCAGCAGGACACGGAGGAGCACGGCAGGGCCCACGUGGUCUAUCGGCGCUCGGCCAUCCGGCAGGACGGCGCCGAGCCGCCCCACGACCUCCACCCUGAAGGGCCCGGGGUGCAGGUGGGUGAGCUGCCCAAUUCCCUGGAGCUGCUGGCGGAGCGGCUGGGGGACGCGGAGCGCAAGCGGCGCCACGCCAGGAAGGACGACUACAACAUCGAGGUGCUGCUGGCCGUGGAUGACUCCGUGGUGCGCUUCCAUGGCAAGGAGCACGUCCAGAACUACGUCCUCACCCUCAUGAACAUAGUGGAUGAGAUUUACCACGACGAGUCGCUGGGUGUGCACAUCAACAUCGUGCUGGUCAGGAUGAUCAUGGUGGGAUACCGCCAGUCGGUGAGCCUGAUCGAGCGGGGCAAUCCCUCGCGCAGCCUGGAGCAGGUGUGCCGCUGGGCGCACUCGCAGCAGCGCCCCGACCCCGCGCACGCCGAGCACCACGACCACGCCGUCUUCCUCACCAGGCAAGAUUUUGGGCCCGCAGGUAUGCAAGGCUACGCUCCCGUGACAGGGAUGUGCCACCCUCUCCGCAGCUGCACCCUCAACCACGAGGACGGCUUCUCCUCGGCCUUUGUGGUGGCCCACGAGACUGGGCACGUGUUGGGCAUGGAGCACGACGGGCAGGGCAACCGCUGCGCCGACGAGACCAGCAUGGGGAGCAUCAUGGCGCCGCUGGUGCAGGCCGCCUUCCACCGCUACCACUGGUCCCGCUGCAGCAAGCAGGAGCUCAACCGCUACAUCCACUCCUACGACUGCCUCCUGGAUGACCCCUUUGAGCACCAGUGGCCCACACUACCCGAGCUGCCAGGAAUUAAUUAUUCCAUGGAUGAGCAGUGCCGCUUCGACUUCGGUGUGGGCUACAAGACCUGCACGGCGUUCCGCACCUUCGACCCCUGCAAGCAGCUGUGGUGCAGCCACCCGGACAACCCCUACUUCUGCAAGACCAAGAAAGGGCCACCCUUGGAUGGCACUGAGUGCUCUCCUGGCAAGUGGUGCUUCAAGGGCCACUGCAUCUGGAAGACGUCGGAGCAGCCUUACAGCCAGGAUGGCAGCUGGAGCUCCUGGUCCAAGUUCGGCUCGUGCUCCAGGACCUGUGGGGGAGGCGUGCGGUCCCGCAGCCGGAGCUGUGACAACCCACCCCCAGCAUACGGAGGGCACCCGUGCCCGGGAGCCACCUACGAGUACCAGGUGUGCAAUGCCGAGGAGUGCCCGGGGCCCUUCCAGGAUUUCCGUGCCCAGCAGUGCUCCAAGCGCAACUCCUACUACACCCACCAGAACAGCAAACACUCCUGGCUUCCCUACGAGCACCAUGACGAUGCUCAGAAGUGUGAGCUGAUCUGCCAGUCUGAGGGCACGGGGGAUGUGGUGUUCAUGAACCAGGUGGUUCACGACGGGACCCGCUGCAGCUACCGAGACCCCUACAGCGUCUGUGUCCGGGGCGAGUGCCUGCACGUCGGCUGUGACAAGGAGGUUGGCUCCCUGAAGCAGGAUGACAAGUGUGGGGUCUGCGGGGGGGACAAUUCCCACUGCCGGACGGUGAAGGGGACAUUGGCCAAGACCCCCAAGCAGCCAGGUGUUUUGAAGAUGUUUGAGAUCCCAGCUGGAGCAAGGCACCUUCAGAUAGAGGAGAUGGAGCCAGCAUCCCACAGCAUUGCUGUUAAGAAUCAAGCCACGGGGAACUUCAUCCUGAAUGCCAAGGGCCAAGAAGCCAAAAGCCAAGUGUUCAUUGAGAUGGGCUUGGAGUGGGAAUACACUGUGGAACAAGGCAAGGAGAGCCUGAAAACCAGCGGUCCCCUGCAUGAGGCCAUCAGUGUUCUGGUCAUCCCUCAGGAGGAGGAGGUGAGGAGCAGCCUCAUGUACAGGUACAUCAUCCACGAAGACCUGCUGCCCAUGAUUGGAAAUAACAAUGUCCUGCUGGAGGAGAUGGAUUCCUACGAGUGGGCCCUCAAGAGCUGGUCCCAGUGCUCCAAGGCGUGUGGAGGAGGCAUCCAGUACACCAAGUACGGCUGCCGUCGGAAAAGCGACAACCGGAUGGUGCAUAGGAACUUCUGUGACAACAGCAAGAAGCCAAAGCCAAUCCGGAGGCGCUGUAACCUCCAGGAAUGCUCCCAGCCCAUGUGGGUGGCUGAGGAGUGGAGCGCCUGCAGCCGCUCCUGCGGGAAGCUGGGGGUGCAGGCGCGGGCGGUGCAGUGCAUGCAGCGCCUGCAGGAUGGCACCAACCGCACCCUGCACAGCAAGAACUGCCCCGGGCAGCGCCCUGAGACGCGCCGGCCCUGCGGCCGCCUGCCCUGCCCCGCACAGUGGAGGACAGGAGCCUGGUCCGAGUGCUCGGUGACCUGUGGGGAAGGCGUCCAGCAGCGGCAGGUGGUGUGCAAGGGCAGUGACAGCAGCGCGCGCUGCGAGGGUGACAAGCCAGAGGCCAUCCAGGGCUGCCACGUGGCCGUAUGCCCAGGGAAGCUCUCUGGCAUCACCUCCAGUGCUGAUGCCGGUGACCACAGCACGACCAAAGGGCAGCGGGUGCCCCAGGAGGGAGCCAAAAACCCCGUGAGCAAGAUCUCCUCCAGGGAGCCUUGCCUCGGGGACAAGUCCAUCUUCUGCCAGAUGGAGGUGCUGGCUCGCUACUGCUCCAUCCCUGGAUACAACAAGCUCUGCUGUGAAUCCUGUGGGAAGAAAGCCUCCUCCACCACGGGCUCACCCCCUGCCACCAGCAUUCCCCCGGGAUCCACCACUCCCAGCCCUGCUCUGCCUCUCCUCCCCUACCCCACUGCCCCAGCUCAGGGGGAGCCUGCUGGGGACCCCACUGUGGCACCUGGGCUACUCAGCAGUGCUUUCCCAGGGGAGCUGCCAGCCCCCAGGGAGCAGGGAAGGGGCCAGGGGGCCAGGUAACCUGCUCAGAACCACCUCCCUCUGAGGCUGGCUAAGCCUUUCUCCCCUUCCCUCCCGUUCUCUCCACCUUUUUCCUCUCCCCCAACUUCCAGCGAUGGUUUUCAUGGGUGGCACUGCCAGGUUUGGGAAUGACCUGGCUCCACACCCAGAAAUUCCUGGGAAAACCACUCAUUUCCCAUGGUCCUGCUUGCCCUCCCAGCCGUGCCAUGGUGCUUUUUGACAGUGCUGUGGGGAAAAAAAGGUGGAAAAGAGCAAAAAAAGCUGUGGGUACACAGGCUGCUUCCUCCCAAGGUGCUAAAAAGAUGUGGGAGGGACAUGGCUUUAAUGUUGCAUUUUCCUUCCCCCUGCUCCAAGCAGCAGCACAGGAUGUGCUGGACAGGAGGGUCCUGGCUUGGUGGUUCAGCCCUGGAGCUUGGGGAGAGCAAUGGGAGGAUCCUGGGAAUCUGGUGGGGAAAAUUGGAGGGGAGGUGCUGAGGUGAGGAGAGGGGAAAUGUGGGGAAAUCCCAAACUGCUGCUUUGGGCUGUCCCUGGUGGGGUAGAGAGUUUGGGAAACGUGCCUGGGGGAAGGUGGAACGUGCCAAGCACAGAGCUGCUUCUGUCCUGGAGGCAGGAGAUGGUCCAGGAGAUUCCAAAGUGAGCAAUAAGAACCACAGGUCAAAGACCAAAAAUUGGUGUCAAAUAUGCCUGUCACCUGGGGGUGACUUUUUUCAGCCAGUACUGCCCUUG